AUGGCUAAGGGUUGUUAUACUUGUCGCCGCCGGCGUAUUAUUUGCGACAACGGCCAGCCCACCUGCAGAAAAUGUCAUGAUGCGGGAAAGGAAUGUUUGGGAUAUCAGAAGCCGUUGGUGUGGGUCAAAGGGGGCGUGGCUAGUCGAGGCAAGAUGAUGGGCCGCAGCUUCGAUGAUGUGAAGAAACCUACAGGCCAGCUCACGCAGCAAUCUUUUGCCCAGACAGAAAGUUCUGCAGCAAAAUGUCCGGACUUCAAUAUUUCUACAAUAGUCGAGUCAUCGUCCGAGACAGUUCCAGAUGUAAGUCCAGAUGUGGAUGCUUGGGCCCUGAGUCCGUUCGAUACCGCGUUCGAUACAGUAACUGGGGAAGAAAGUAUUUUGAGCUCCAAUCGAUUCGAAGAGCCGGUAAAUAUGAUGGUUCAUGUAUCGCGGGGUAGUCCCACAGAGUAUAUGCCGACGCCAUGGGGGCUUGUAGAUCCGCUAGUCCAAGAUCUCACUAAAAUGACAAGAUUCUACAUACAUCAUUAUAACGAGCACGUGGCAGAAUGCAUUUCGCUAUACCCCCAGUUUAAUAACCCUUGGAGGGACCUUAUUGCCUUGGUCGGUAGCUCGUCUCUUCUCGCAAAUUCUCUAGCAGCCCUAGGAGCUAUACACUACUCGCUCAUUGGAAAUUCAGAAUCCGAAAUGCCUUGGUCCUCUCCCAAUCUUGCAGCUUCCAAUCCCAUACUGACACCAGCGUAUAUUGAACGCAUGGUUACACCGUCAACUUCUCGGCAUCCAACGUCAAAGGCAUAUCGUCACUUCUUAGAAUUAAAGCAGCGUACCCUUAACCAGCUAUCCAAAGAUCUUUCAAAACCUGAAUUGCGGUAUGAUGCCAGAAUCCCCGCGGUUAUUGUCGUUCUCGCUCUUCUGGAUAUCUUCGAGUCUGGAAGUGGCGCCUGGAGCUAUCAUAUCGAAGGUGCGAAGAAGCUUCUUAAUCACAGACAGGUAAAACAAGACAACGAACUGGGCGAAGGAAUCCUGCAGGGCCUGGAGACAUUUGCCGUUGACGGAUGCUUGAUCAUGGAAAUAAUGGGGUCUACUCUUGCACGUCCAGGAGCCCUAUCAAAACCAUUUUAUACGACCAUGGGCUCAGCUAGACUCAAGCGUCUAGAAGGAACCUCUUGGGUCGGCUGCCCAGCAUACCUACUAGAGAUCAUAUUCUAUGUGCAUACCCUUUGGUAUCCGGACCCAGAAGCUGCAUCUGCAAUUCCUCAGCCCACCAACCUUCCGAUGGCCCUCCAAUGCCAGUCACUCACCCACGAAUCUUUUGUCGCCCUCUUACAGAGCAUUCACAACUUCGACCCUGUCAACUGGGCCCAGGAUAUGCAAGCUCACUUCUUCAUCCCCGACCUUUCCACCCGUAUCACCCUCGCCCGCUGCUACAAAGCCGCAAUCUACCUCUACACCAGCCGCGUUCUCUCUCGACCUCGAGAAGGCUUUUCGCCAUCCUGGGACGACAUUGGCGUCCCGUCCGACCACUCCGCUAUCGCACACGACCUUAUCGCCUACAUCUGCUCCGUGCCAGUCUCCGACCCACACUUCAAAUGCUUCAUCUGGCCCACAUUCAUCGCCGGUGCCGAAUGUCGCCGCUUCUCACAGCGUACCGUCAUUCUCGAAAAGCUCGGUGCUCUCUACCAAAGUGUUUUGAGUGUUAAUGUUCGUAAUGCUGCGUGGGUUUUGCGUUUAAUGUGGCAGAAGCAGGACCUCAAGCAGCGGAAAGACCUUCUGCAAGAUGGAGUAUUGCAAAUUGGUAUUGAAGACGACUUUGAUGGUACUUUCGACUGGAUCGAUGAGCUGGAUGAAUAUUCCCUGGACUGGCUAUUCAUUUGA